AUGGAGCUCCAGCGCACGAGCACGACACAGCAGCCCCUGCCGGAACUCGACGCUCCUCCUCCUGCAAAGAGGGGGCGGAGAGCUUCAUCAGCUGAAACAAAGGCUCAACCCUGCGGAGAAGGUGACUUUUGUCAAGAUGCCACAAAAACGAAACAAGACUUUGAGCUUGACAAACUUCCUGAGGACAUGCUACAUCAUAUACAUUCCCUCAUGCCUGUAUUAGACGCUGGUCGUGCUGCCUGUGUGUCUAGACGAUUUCUGGGUUCAUGGAGAUGCUACUCGAACCUCACACUCAACAUACAAACACUAUGGUCGCCUGGCGAUAAAUUUGAGGGAAGUGAAAUGUAUUUCAUCAACAAAGUUGACAAAAUUCUUAGUAACUAUUCUGACAAUGGGAUGAAGGUGAAGACACUAAAACUUAAUCUUUGGCAUUGUAGCAGUGUGAGUGCCUCCGACCUAGGCCGGUGGCUCAGAAUUGCUGUCAAAUCUGGGAUCAAAGAACUUUGCUUGUCGCUGUCUCCUUGCAUGAAGGAAAAGUACUGCUUCCCAUGUUCGGUUUUAUUUGAUGAGGCGGUUACGAGUUGGAUCGAGUCCCUCUAUAUCUCCAACUGCACUUUUCAUCCCAUAGAAACACUUGGCUGCUUUAGAAGAUUGAAAAGUUUAGUUCUGUGCGGUGUUCGCAUUACUGAGGAGGGACUACGACAGUUGCUCCCAAAAUCUUUCAGCUUAGAAUGGUUGGAGAUCUUUUCGUGCAAUGAGAUAAUUUGCUUGAAGAUACCUUGUACACUGCAGAAGCUCAAGCUCCUCAAGGUUGGAAGGUGUCGAAAGAUUCAGGUGAUAGAGAUCAGUGCCCCAAAUCUCUCCGCUUUUCACCAUUAUGGGUUCCCGCCAGAGAUCUAUAUUGAAGAUUCUUCCCAGCUUACGGAAGUAUAUUUUUCAUCUUUAUAUCCGUCCGGAAUUCUCUCUUACGGUCGUGCAAAGCUUCCAUCUAUCGCCAGCAAUGUUGAGAGGCUUACCCUGGUGUUCUGCGGUGAGAAUGUCAACACUCCAAUGCUUCCUGAAAAGCUCCACCACCUCAAGACUUUGGAGUUUGAACUUCACGGCUCAGGAGCCUGCUCCCCUGUCUAUGAUAUCUUCUCUCUGGUUUCUUUUCUUGAUGCUUCUCCUGCCUUGGAAUCUUUGAUCUUGCGUGUAGGACGAAACGCCAUAGUAGAUCAUUGUGAUGCUGGGGACGAUGUAUACCUAAAGGGGAAAUCAGCAUGCCAGCAUGACCGCCUCAAACGGGUGACGAUCACGGGCUUCUGUUCAGCCAAGAGCCUGAUUAAGCUUGUGAUCAGCAUCCUUGAGAGCGCUCCUUCACUCGAGCGCCUCACGCUGGAUACGACACCGCGUGGCUGCGGUAGGAAGCUUGGCGAUACUAGCAUAUGCACUGCCGCAAAAUACAGGAGUAAAUGCUGUUGGAUAAGCAAGAGAUCCCUCAAAGAGUCUAACAGAGCUGUUGAGGCUGCAGGUAGAUACAUCGCAGGGAGAGUUCCAUCGGCUGUUGAAUUUGAGGUCCUUAGCCCUUUAGGCAAUGCCAUACUGGCAACCCGGUAG